AUGCUAGAAGGUUAUAUGGCAUCUUAUUUCAAGAACUGGCUGGACAGGGAAGGACUAUUGCCUAUUGGAUGCCCAAGCUGCGAUAUCAAAAUUAACCAUAGCAAUGAUACCUAUGACCCAGUGUUUAGCCCUUAUAUCCACAAUGGAACAGAUAGUUUUAAAAGGAUAGCGAUAGAUGAAAUGAACUCAGUGUUGGAAUCCUUAAAUUUAAAAACUGAGUAUGAAAACAUGGAAAAUAUUUUGGAAUACCCAGCGUCUGAGUUGUGUAAAAUAGAGACAAAAUGUAAUAUGGCCAGUGAAGAAAAUGCCUUAAACAUUACAGUUGGUAAGAAACCUUACUUGUCGGGACCACUAAAGUUAUGCAAUGAGGCGAUAGAUGCAUUUUUCAUGGAGUAUUACAGUGGAUUAUCAUUGGAUAACGUCGCUUGGGGUAAACUCAGUGAGUUGUCGGAUUGGCAAAAAAUAUUACCUCUUACAUAUGGUUACCAUAAUACAACAUACAAUACAACACAUAUCGCCACAGACUUAGCUAAACCUCUUAUUAAAUAUAUAUCGAAUAUUUUCGUUUAUGAAACGACAAAAGUCACUUUGCUCAUGGGUCAUGAUGCUAAUAUUAACGUCCUUUUAAGAGCUUUAGAUUUCCACCAUUUUAUAUUGGAUAAUGAAUUUGUAUCAACACCGAUAGGAGGUAAAAUAGUCUUCCAAAAGUGGCGGGAUCUGACCUCCAAAGAGGAGUUACUAAAGAUUAAUUAUAUUUACCAUUCUAUAGAGCAAAUAAGAAAUGCUACUAUUUUGUCUGAAAAUAAUAAGCCUAAGACACAUCUGUUGCAAUUAAAACAUUGUCGUUGCAAUGAGGCUGGCUUUUGUCCUUGGAGUGAUUUUAUUGAUAUUUUAAAUAAUUUCAAUGUUUUACAAAUCUAG